CCAGGCCAACAGAUGUAAACGUUCCAUCGCUUCGAAAGCACGCUCCAACUUUUUCGAGGAACAUCCGUGGAAUUCGGUUCGAAUUUUCAACUAAAAGGUUGCCAUGGGCCGGUUACCGUAUGGGCCGGGCAAUGCCCAUAUGCUCCAAAGCAAAGGUGCUGACAUUAAUGUAAUGAAGUUCUACUGCACCGAGUAUGCAACACGUUAUGGGGAGGAUGGCUUUAACCCCCGGACAGGGAAACACCUUGGUACUGGAUACCAGUCUAACUUUAGACCUGGGGUCUACUACAACAGACGUCUUGACGAGCUGGAUAACCCAGCAAUGGGUUCCCUGGUGGCUGAUAACUAUGCUUCCAUCACCAAGAAGCACUUCCUACCAUCUAAAGGCUCUCCAGGAAAUGACCCUUUUUCUAGGGGAAUGUUCAUGACAGCAACUAGUGGUUUUGUAAAAGACAUUCCUGGUACUCUACCAAGAUCUAAGCAAGUUGCAGCAGUACAUGUUGAUACCAGCAGGGCGGGUACUGUCUACCCAUUCCACCGCCCCAUUCUUCAUUCUCUUAGCCAGAAGGACCCUAUUAGCAGAGAGAAUGCUAGACAUGGACCACUUUACAUGUCAACAGAAGCCCACACCAACUUCAAAGGCAUCCCAAGUCAAAGAAUGGACACUUCGAAAAAGACGGUUGGAUAUAAAGAAGGAUCUGGCUUUACGCAUGCGUACAAUGACGAACCAAUCACGUUCUAUCCAAUGGAGGCAUACGAGGGCCUAAGAGAUCCCCGUUUUACCCAUCGUCCGACCGGGUUUAGUAUCAUGAAGGGAUCUUUCCGGCCUGUUGAAUAUCAGCACGGUAACGAGCAGCUGCCUGUUUUAUCCCACGGCUCGGAGCGCAAUACCGGGUUCACGCAUGGCACAAAAGCAAGGCCUGUGUUUUACCAUCACACCAUGGACGAGGCGUAUACAAAACUAAACGAGACCCAUCCACGUGUACAAGAGAGGGUUCAGAAGAGAGACCCGUGUGAAUUCAGCAACAUGACAAAUCCUCACAACCACACAAGCAUGGCCAAGCUGACGUUUCGCGGGAAGCAGCGUCAAGACUUAUCAGAGGCCGGAAGACUUGGCAACACAGCUGUUGGAAACAAGGAGCUGACAGGAUAUAGCGAAAACAAUGACCAAUUCUUUGAGACGGCGGAGACGGCAGACACUCUAAGGCGAUUUGGGACACACUACAGAGCUAAGUUUUAUGACAUGAACCCAAUGGGAGAGGCACGCAUGGGUCGGACACGCGGUGAAGUCAUGGUCCAGUUACCGGACGGCUUCACCAAGAGCACAAGCGUACAUGAAUUUGGUCCAGUUAUCAACACAACGGUCCAGUUACGCGAGCUCGAACCGUACCAGGCCAGGAGUAUCAAAGCCAGAGACCCCUUCCACGACGACCAUACGCAUGACCAGAAGCUGAUUCCCACUUUAGUAUAAUCGCAGGCUCAUUAGAGGAUGUCAUAAGGUUGAUAAAACGUAGCACCACAGUUUAUAUGUUCUAUGGGUAACUCCUUAGACUAUUAAGCAUCAUGCUUCGAAGAAAUCUUCAGGUUUUAGUUAAAAAAGGGGACAAGGCAACAUGACUUUUAGCACAAUGUAGUUUUUUACGACUUGUAAUGCACUCGAAUGACAUAAAAAGGAGCAUUAUUGGACACGACUGUACUAAUGAAAAGGUUCUUAAAAUUUUUAAUGUUCGCUUGCUAUGAGCUAAAUGUAAAUAAAAUAUCACGAUUUUUUCCCUCGA